UUCCAAGCUCAGAAAAUGUCCAAGAUGAAUUCUUUCAUUCUAUGGAGCGUGAUGAAUGUCUUGCUGAUAAUCAACACAGUUGUAUCUGUAGCUGAUGCUCAAAGUGACGAAGACUACGACGCCUACUACUAUGAAACUGACGAAUGUCGAUUACUUUUGCGGUGCUGGAACGACCAGGUUGAUAAUUUUGUUGGCGACCGAUAUUAUCUUAGGAACACAACGGUUUUUCAUUUCUGCGAAAUCUUGGACGAGUUCAAAUUGUGUGUGGACAUACACCAGGCAAAUUGCAGUGACAGUGACAGUGACAGUGAGCAUCACCUAAGAGCUGAUAAAGUAAAAGCUAUGGGCAACAUAGUUUGUAACGCGGCAGGGAGGUCUGCUGUUGAAGAGUUCGAAACUUUGCAGUGUACGAUUGAUGAGGAGAAGAAAGAGAGGUUACAGGAUGCUUUAGACAUGUGUUUUUACACUAACAGCAUCAUUUGCAGCCAAGGCCCUACAGAAGCAAGGCUGUGUGUAAAGGAGGCUAUACAAUCUGACUGUGGCGAGAAUGGUGCUCGGGUCUUUGCCAGUAUAGCAUGGGAAAAACACAAGAGUGUUUUAUAUGCUCAGCUGUGUAACCAGUAACCAUAUCUGUCAUACCUGUGAAAUAAUGAGACCACACAGGUUUGAUAAUUAAACUAAACUCUAAAGUUUACAAGGGAUUUACGUUUGUAAAGUCAUAUUUCAUAAUAAACGGCUUAAACAUUAUUUAUAAAAUAUAUGCUGCUUCUGAAAAAUGAUGAUAAAAUACAAUUAAAUACCCUGACUGUGUUUCAUUUUAGUGUUUUUAUUGU